AUGCGUCAAUAUGAUGAUGAUCGUGAUGAUGUUACACAAUUUGCACAAGAUAAUAAGAAAAAAACUUGUAUACAUGAUUUGGUUAUUAAUGGAACGAAUUUAAUGGCACAGUAUCGAAAACAAUUACUCGUUUUGGGUAUCACAAAUUUUAAUAAUCCAUCAGCUCGGAUUCAAGCUAAUAGAUAUAAUGAUUUGUAUCGUGAACUUGAACGUAGUGGUAUACGUGAUUCAGUUGUACGUGUUAUUCUUGUUAAUGAAGCAGACGCUGCGCGUCAUAUAACUGGAAAUUAUUAUGACAAAAUUCGUAUAUAUCAAGAUAAUUCAAAAGAUCAUUUAAUUAAAAAAUUACGCAAUCAUGGACAAACAAUAGAUAAUUUUGUAUUUGGAAGAUGUGGUUAUGUUGGAUUUACUCAAGAACAUCCCAAUUCAAAUCUUGAAGAUGGAAAAAAUUAUCGAAAACUUCUUCAAUAUAUUAAAACAGCAAUAAAAAAUAAACGACGUUGUCAAAGAUUAUGUAGUUAA